UAAAAAGGAAAUGGUCAGAGCAGAUGCACACGUAUAGCCUAUUGUGGAAUAAUUUUGGUAUUUUAUAACUUGCACUCUCACUGAAGAGGUAUACAGGCGAAUGUACAUGUCAAUUGUGAUACGAAGAAAACGGCCGAUUUCCUUCCAAACUCACGAAGAUGGCGCAGGCGCGUCCCAUGGAGCGCACCGUUUUGUCUUGGGCUGCAGGGGCGCUCUUGCAACUCCUUUGUGUUACCGCUGUGCGUCUCGGCAGAUGCCCCAGGGUGUGCGUGUGUGACAGCAUUCAGCUCACCGUGACCUGUGUCAACAAAAACCUAACACAGGUUCCGCCCACUAUCAACGAGAUCACUCUGAAGCUGGACCUGAAGGGGAAUGCCAUCCAGGAGCUGCCGACAGGGGCGUUUCAGCACACGCCCUACCUGACGCACCUCUCCCUGCAGCGGUGCGACAUUCAGAGGGUGCGCGUGGGGGCUUUCCGGGGCCUGGGUCGCCUGGUCCACCUCAACCUGGCCAGUAACAAAAUAGCCAUUCUUUACCAGGAGUCAUUUGAUGGGCUCUCAUCGCUGAAGCAGCUCCUCCUCGACCAUAACCUGGUGGAGGAGAUCCAGCCAGGGGCUUUUUCCCAGCUGAGCUCCAUCAGUCUGCUGUCCCUCGCCCACAACCGGCUGGUCUACCUGCCCAACAUGGCCUUCCAGGGCCUGCAGGCCAUCAAGUGGCUGCGCCUCAGUCACAACUCGCUGAAUAACUUGGCUGUGGAGGCCUUCGCCGGCCUCUUCACUCUUCUCCGCCUCAGCCUGGACCACAACGAGCUGCAGUUCUUCCCGACGUUGACCAUGACCAGACUGCCUGAGUUGAUCCGUCUGGAGCUCAGUCACAACCCCAUGACCUACCUGGGUGAGGAAACUGUGGUCAUGCCCAAGCUUGCCCACCUCUCGCUGGACCACAUGUCCCUGCAAGACUUCUCGCAGAUGGCUCUGGCCUCGGCACCCCGGCUGGCCCAUCUGGACCUCAGCCACAACCAGCUGCGCAUCCUGCACCCACUCAUUGGCCCCGAGUCCUUGUUGCGACUCAACCUAACCGGCAACCCGGUCUACUGCAGCUGCUACCUGCGGCCGCUGAUGGAGUGGACCAUCCGGGGCCGCGUCCGGCUGCUGGGGGCCUGCGCCGGGCCCCCUUACCUCUCUGGAGAGAAUCUAAGAACGAUACACCCCCCCGACCUACGAUGCCUGAGCCAGGAGGCCAUGCUGAAAGCGGAGAUGGAGGAGAUGAGCAGGACCGCCCUACUCACCACACCCGAGCCCCGCUACAAGGUCCAGUGUCCUGCCAACUGCAUCUGCGAGGGUGAGACCAACCACUCCACCUGUGAGAACCGUGGCCACACUAAGGUUCCCCGCGGUUUCCCGCUGGACACCAGUCUGCUGGACCUCCGGGGAAACCACUUCCAUUACAUCCCCAGCCAGAGCUUCACGGGCCUGGCCCAAGUGGUCUCUCUGCACCUGCAGUGCUGCAAGAUCCAUGAGCUAGAGAAAGGUGCCUUCAAUGGGAUGAGGAGCCUGGUCUAUCUCUACCUGUCAGAGAAUGAUCUCUCCGUCUUGAGCGCUGAAGCCUUUAAGGGCAUCCCUGAGCUGACCUACCUGCACCUUGAGCAGAAUAAGUUUGCCAAGUUCCCCAGUAGAGCUUUUCAACUUCUUCCCAACCUCCUUAUGCUCCACUUGGAGAACAACACCAUAGCUAACCUGGAGCAGGGAAUCCUCGCAGACACCAAGAGGCUCACUGGCUUGUACCUGACGGGAAAUAAUAUCAACUCUGUUGCACCUGGUGCUUUUGAUCCCGCCCCCGCCCUCAGCACCCUCCAUCUGAACUCCAACCAGCUCAAAGUGGUACCAAGCGAUGCACUCGCUAAGGUGGCUAACCUGGCCGAGCUCCGCCUCUCCCAGAAUCCUGUUCGCUGGGUGGGACCCAGAGCCUUCCUCUCAUUGGCAGACAGCCUGAAGCAUCUUUAUCUUGAUGGCAUGGGCCUGGAGAAGAUGUCUAAGGAUUCUCUGGCCGGCCUGGGUUCAGGGCUGCGCAGUCUGCUGCUGGAGGAGAACCAGCUAGAGGCGCUGCCCAGCCUGAGUCCCCUAACAGGCCUGGAGGUCAUCAACCUGAGUGGGAACCCUCUGAUGUGUGACUGCACACUGCUGCCCCUGCGCAAGUGGAUCGAGAGUGUGAACCUGAAGGUAAGAGCCACCUGCGGUCACCCGCCGGAACUUCGGGGCGAGAAGGUCAAGGAUGUCCAGGUCUUCAAGAGCUGUGCUGGGGAGAAACCACCUGCUACCCCAACUCCCAAAACCUCGCAAAUGGUCAAAUCCACAAAAAACAGGCGCAUUAAAACUCCAAAAUCCAAGAAUCCUAAAUCUGCACCCAAAACCAAGAAACCCAAAUCCGCACAGAACCACAGAUCCACCCGCCUACAGACCACUUGACCAGUGUCACACGGGCCUAUGAGACAGCAAAUCCAACCCUGUGCAUGAGCCCCUUAGCUCAAACCAAUGAAGUCCCAAGACGACAACAUGAGUGGGGGAGAGGGGGGCAGGGGCACCAGAAAUUAACCUUAAAUUGGAGCUAAUUCUCCCGAAAUUAUGGGAACAAAGAAACUGAUAAUGGCACCAAUUUUACAAUUAUACAAUUUUUAACACCAUCUUACCUAUAAAACUACUGGUUAAAAUAAAAUUAGCAUUUUAUUACCUUGCUAACCCUUUUUAAUUUUUGUACACACUUUGAAGUGUUUACAUUACCAGUGUGCAUAUCUGUAUAAUAGAGGCUGAUUAAUUCUUGAUUAAUCUUUGUGAAUAAAUCUUUUCACCAGCA